AUGUGGGUCGGCGACAUCCGCCGGCUUUCGGAGUACGAGCGGCUCUGGCGCCACAUCGAGAACCUGACGGCCGCGCCCUCGCGCUCGAUCUUCGCCGAGACGCACUCGCGCGUGCUGGGGCGGGCGAUCCAGGACGCGGAGACACUCGGCGAUGCGAUUGACGCGGCAACAACGACGACGACCUUCAACGACUGCUGCGAUGUUGGCGGGGGCUGCGGCUGUACAUUUGCAAUGGCGCUGCGCACCGUCGCGCGCGUCAUCAAGGCGCGCAGCGCGACGGGCGUGCAGCGCGCGGCCUUCUGGAUGGGGACGAGGGGUGUCGACGCGCACGCGUCGAUGGACUCUCCGGGCGACGGCAUAAUGUCGAUGAUCGACAACUCGGUCGACGACUUCCGGAAGGAGAUGGUGGCGCAGGGGCUGUGGGACAAGGUGACCGUCAUCACCCUCUCCGAGUUCGGAAGGACGAUCAUCGGUAACGGGCGGGGGACAACGCACGCGUGGGGCGGGAACCAUCUGAUAUACGGCGGUGCGGUCAACGGCGGCCGGAUCCUAGGGCAGUACCCGUCGAGGCUCGGCCCCGAAGGCGAGCGCACGCGCAACGACCGCGGCACGAUCAUCCCGACCGAGCCGUGGGAGAGCAUGUGGCAGCCGAUCGCGGAGUGGAUGGGGGUCGCGCCGUGCGACCUGCCAAAAGUGAUGCCACACCUGCGCAACUUCCCGGUCGCGGGAGAGGGGCGAGUGCUGAGGGCGGAAGAUGUGUAUGAGGCGGGAGCAGUGUAG